AUGAUCGACAACGCGUUAUAUGGAUUCACCCGGAUCCUGAAGUCUGAAGGUCACGGAAGUACUUUGGAUAUGUUUGAAUCAUCAUACAUCGACGACAUCCUGAUCCCGGUCAAUAACUGGGAUCAACUGCCUAAGGUGGAAUAUCUCGACCAUAAGGUCUCCCACAAUGGAUUGGAGUCGAUCCUGAAAGGUCUGUCGGCACUGACCGAUCUAGCACUUCCAGGAUUAUUUAGAGCCAUGCUACGCGAUCAAUGCUUCAGUUCUGUACGAAUUCGGGAGAUCGACUUCGCUGCGAUGAUGAAGGACAUCACCCGAGCACAGAUCCAACGAGUGUUAGGGGCGGAGAGUGUGGAUCAAGGGUCGCAUGAAGAUCAAUUGGUCGACCACCAAAAGACUUUGGAUCUGGAGACGCAAGAUCUCACUGAAGUAGGUCCGCGUUGGAUUCAUGCCUAUCGAUCUUUCAGUGUGCUUAAAUCAAAAAUCACCACUACUCCGAUCUUGCGGCACUUUGAUCCAGAGCGAAGAGCUACGGUCGUGGCAUAUGACAAGAUCUACUACCCCGUGACGUUUGCGAGCCGUACUUUAAACCCAAAUGAGCUGAAUUAUGGGAUCGCGGAGAAGGAGGUGCUGACGAUGCCGAGGAUCCUGGAUCUCAACUACAAUGCUUGGUCGGACGUCCUAUCCAUGUGUUGGCCCGACACUCUACUUUGGCAUGACUCUUCAGAUCUACGGUCUUGUAAAGGCGUUAAGUGGGCUGCUCUACUGUCGAUGUGGACUCUCGAGAUCACCAAGUGUGUCAAGCGUGAGGACGAGAUCUUACGAGCAUUGGCAUUCAGUUUUAAGCCUAGAUCUGAGAUGGACAAGGCGUUGAUCUCGGUUGCUCCUAAAAAGGAACCACGGCGCAAGAUCCAGGCUCCGCUCCCCACUAUUAGACGCGGCGAGGAUGUAUAUGCUGCUAGCUUUGAUGGAGCUGCUCGUGUCAAAAGAGGUGGAGGCGCCUACAGCGCGACCCUGUGGAAAUUGCCUGAAUGGAGUGUGCUACAGGCUAGAUCUGGCUAUGCCAAGGGCCUAACAGUGAACGGGGAAGAUGAUCAUGGACUAAUGUUAUGGUUGGCUCUUCUGGAAGACGUGGAUCCACAGCGCUUGGUGAUCGAACCUGGUGAUCCGACAAAUCGACUACGCACUUGGCCAGAUCACGAGUUGUUGCAUGUUAAGCGGGAUUGGAAUGGGAGUAGUGAUAGCUUAGCAAGUGCUGCGCUGCAACGACAAUGCGGGAUCGAGGUCGAGUCUGAGAAGAAGAUCCAGGAUCUCGUAACCUUGAACCGGUUGGACGAGAUCCUGGUAGUGAAGAUCGAAGUUGAGGCCGCACAGAUAUCUGUUGUAACGACCCAAUCUAAAACUAGAUCCGGAGUGCGGGCUGGAACGGAUCCAGAAUCAUUACGAGAACUGCGGAUCGAGCGGAUCCGGCUAGCACAGGAUGAGGAGUCGUGGAUCUCAAGAUUGAAGAAGUAUUUGGUUAUUGAGAUCCGAGAUCUGACACAAGAAGAUGCUAAGGUAUUUGGAUCCAUCGCCACGAAUUAUGAAGUGGAUCAGUCGGAUCUACUCUCCUACUGUCCAACAACCAGGGAAGCCGCUGCUGAUCGGGACAAGUUAAUGCAAUUGGUGGUGCCUGAGACGCUUCAGCAAGAUAUUUGCAUCACUAUCAUACGAGUCUGCAGGGUGAUCACCAAGGAAUUUGUCGGAUCGUACAGCGAUAUUUGGGAGAAUGUAUCGAUUGUGAAACAGUCAAAGGACGACCACGGACCCAAGAUUUUCAAUGGUAACGCAGAGUUGUUGAUCUUCGUGGAUCUAUUCUCUAGAUACGUGAUUGCCAAGGCCAGCGCCUCUAGAUCUGCACAGACGAUCGCUGAGACCUACGAAAAAUGUGUUUUCCGCAGAUUUGGCGCGAGCGAAGUGAUCCGGCAUGAUCGAGAGCCAGGCUUCAUGUCUGACUUUUUCAAGUCUUUCAACAAGAUCUUGGGUCAACGCCAACGCGCUACUAUGGCUUGCCGAUAA